AUGUCUAUCCAAGCAAACGGAAGUACGCCCUCACAGGCCUUCAGCAACUCACCCUUUCGCACCCGUGCGGAUCUGCAAGCUGCAUGCCGCGCACUAUUGGACCCUUUACUUCCCCUCUUUACUCCAGGUGGCAGUCGCGUGAAAAUCGGAACCUCAACAACCCGCUUCGACGAGGGCGGCGCCCAAAUCGAGGGCUAUGCACGACCACUCUGGGCUCUGGCAUCUCUGCUUGCGGGAAAUUAUGACUACGUCGAGGCUGCGCGCUGGCGCGAAGGAAUCAUAAACGGCACUGAUCCGGACCAUGUUGAAUUUUGGGGUAAUAUAGAAGAUUCGGAUCAGCGUAUGGUUGAGAUGUGUCCUAUUGGAUUCACACUUGCUGUUGCGCCGCAUGUCUUUUGGGAGCCGUUGACGCAGGCCCAGAAGGAUAAUGUGACUAAUUGGCUUGCGAGUAUCAAUGCACGGGAAAUGCCUAAUACAAAUUGGCUUUGGUUUCGGGUCUUCGCGAAUCUAGGUCUACGGAAGAAUGGUGCUUCUUACUCUCUUGCACGCAUCGAAGCCGAUAUGGAUCAUUUGGAUACUUUCCAUGUCGGUGGAGGCUGGAGCAAUGAUGGGCCUAAAAGUCAUCAUCAGAUGGACUAUUACUCGGGUUCUUUCGCUAUUCAAUUCUUGCAGUUGCUCUAUUCAAAGCUGGCUGGCGAUUUCGAUCCCGAGAGAGCUGAGAGAUAUCGUGAGCGAGCCAAGGAGUUUGCGAAGGAUUUCGUGUACUACUUCAACCCAGACGGUCGGGCCAUACCGUUCGGCCGAUCUCUAACCUAUCGCUUCGCCAUGGUUGGAUUCUGGGGAGCUCUGGGCUUCGCAGAUGUGGAACUGCCAGGACCAUUGACCUGGGGUGUAGUUAAGGGACUAUUAUUACGGAACUUCCGCUGGUGGGCGACACAAGAAGACAUUUUCAACAAUGACGGCACUCUCAAUCUUGGCUAUUCAUAUGCGAAUAUGUACCUGACUGAGAACUAUAACUCGCCUGGAUCUCCAUAUUGGUGCUGUCUCUCCUUUAUUCCGUUGGCGUUACCUGAAUCGCAUCCAUUCUGGGCCUCGGAAGAAGAGCCAUACCCCUCCUCCUUACCGGAAAUUGUUGCUCUCAAAUAUCCCAAGCAUAUAAGUAUACGUCGAGGAGGUCACUCAUUCCUCCUUUCCUCUGGACAAGCGUGCCACUACCCAAUGAGAGCUACGCAGGCCAAAUAUGGGAAGUUCGCAUAUAGUUCUGCCUUUGGAUAUUCCGUGCCUACAGGUUCCUACCAGCUUGAACAAUUCGCGCCAGAUAGCAUGCUUGCAUUGUCUGAAGAUGGCGGGGAGUUUUGGCACACGAGACGACUUGCUGUGGAUGCUCAUUUUGAGGAGCCUGGCUCAGAUGGGACUCCGGUACUCGUGUCUAGCUGGAAUCCAUGGCCAGAUGUUGAGAUAGAGACGAUUCUCAUCCCACCGUCAGUCGAGACACCCAAUUGGCAUAUACGGGCACAUCGUGUGCACACAGGCCGAGCACUCAAAACCUCCGAGGGUGCUUUUGCUAUUUAUGGAUGCCGCAGUGAUAAUGGUCGGAUGCUUGGGCCUAUGAAAUCAGGUGAAUCGGAGGGUUCAGUGCAUGAUGAUCGUAGUGCAUUAGUGGUUUCAUCAGCUGGGGCUGUGGGCAUCACUGAGCUGUACUCUUCCAGCUCGCGGACAGGUCGAAUUGUGCUCGCCGACCCGAAUUCUAAUAUCAUUCAUGGGCGGACACUAUUACCUUCGUUGGGGAUUGAUCUUUCACCAGGUCAAGAUCUUUGGUUGGUAACAGCUGUCUAUGCCUUACCGGGUCAGGUCGAAAACUGGCGUACGCAGUGGGAUCAGAAACCGGCGAUUCCAGAGUGGCUGCUGAAGAGAAUAGAAGCAUGA